GAUGAAACCCAAGACGAAGAAGAAGAAGAGAAAACAGCAAAGAAGAGGGCGGAGGCCUGCUGGAAAUUCAACUAUUCAUGCUAACGUUUGGGCGUUUUUUUUCAACGAUGAGGUAGUGGACGCCUCUGUGUGUGGGACACGGCUCAAAAUGCAGCACAGAAUUAAAAUGAUUAAAUAAAGUACAGCGCUAGGAUACUGUGACACUAUCCUACCGAUUGGCCAUAGUUAAGAGACAUGCCGUGGGGCCAAAACACCAAGUGGAAGUUUAAUUUCUAACCAUACGAUCCAGGCUGCUUCACACAGCAGGAGUGAAAGCCAAUCUGAAUUUGCAUUUUAUAUCAUCGAGCCGUUUCCUCUUGUAAAGACAAGCUCAAACGAGCUGUUUUCCUCCAGACGAUGGUAGACAAUCGCUAUGCCACAGCGCUGGUCAUCGGCUCGGUGCUUAGCCUGCUGGCCACAGUGUACCUGUCUGUGGCUGUGGGGACUCAGCAGUGGUACCAGUACAACAGCCCGCCAGUUAAACACGAGGGCAGCAACGCCACCGAGCUCAGAGAGGAGUUCAUCAAUGGAGAGUUUGAUGAGAAGAGCUACAGUGACACUAUGUUCCGGCUGAACGGCACUCUGGGACUGUGGUGGAGGUGCAUCCUGGUGCCCAGCCAGUCACACUGGUUUAAAGAGCCAGAUCCCAAGAUGGAGACCCAGUGUGUGAGCUUCACCCUUCCUCAGCAGUUUAUUCCAAAGUAUAAAUACUCUGGAAACCAAAACAGUGAAGAAGAUCUGCUGAGAACAUAUCUUUGGAGAUGCCAGUUUCUCCUGCCCUUGGUGUCUCUGGCCUUGGUGUUCCUCAGCGGCCUUGUUGGGGUCUGUGCCUGCUUGUGUCGCAGCUUCACCCCCACUUUGGUUGUGGGGGUGCUCCAUCUUCUUGCAGGUCUGUGCUCUCUGGGCAGCGUCUGCUGUUUCUUGGCCGGGGUGGACUUGCUCCACCAGUACUCCACACCCCCAGAAGGGGUGGAGGGCUCGCUUGGCUGGUCUCUCUACCUCGCCCUCAUCUCCUUCCCCUUGCAGAUGAUGGCAGCUGCUUUGUUCCUGUGGGCGGCCAGGAGUCACCGCAAGAACUACACCCGCAUGACUGCUUACAGGGUGGCAUAAAGGAGAGAGACUACUCUAACAACAGUGUACAGUACCUUAAAACAGCCUACUGGUCUGAGGACUUCAUUACAUAUCUUUUGUCUUAGGAGCAGACUGUACCUCCUCCUCUGUAACAAUAUUUUAGUUAGAAUAAACUAAUACAUGGUGUCACAGACCCAAAGGCAGGAAUAAACUAAACCAGACUGCAGCUAAUCAUCAUAAGUGCUCAUAAAUAGGACUUUAAUAUCUUUGAGUUCUGUUAUCCUUUGUUUUGUUUUGUUUUAUUUUUUUUAUUUAGUUUUUCUGCAUCUCUAAAAUAUAUCUUACCCAAAGCAUGUUCUUAAUGUAUUUUAACAUCCAGAUGUUAUUGAUCAAUUGUUAGUUCCGGUGUUAACUGUGUUGUCGUGCAGUUAUUAAUUGCCUUCUUUUCAGUUGCCAUUUCUUCUAAAGCUGCUCACCACAUUGCCCUUAAAUCAACGUGCAACGGUCACAAAUAGCACACCUGCAGUUAUCUAAGUCAGGAUAUCUUUCUCCAAUAGUGCAUGGAAAAUAUUACGCAAGAUUAUAUUUUUUACUUUUUGUUCUUUUGUUUUUGCAUAAUCUUAAAUAUCGAGCCUUUGCUGUGCAUGCCUUUUAAGAUGACAUUUCCAUCAUCUGUGGUAAUUGUUGAUUUCUGUCUGUGGUAUGUGUUGACUAAAUGUCACUAAAUGUCACUUACUAAAAAUGUAACCACUCAUCUUCCAUUGUCGACCUCGUUUAUAGAUCUAAUAUUUAUUAAUGCCGUUAAUUUGAAUGUUAUAAAGCCUGAAUUGAUUUGAUGCCACUCAAGCAAAACCUCGAGCUCUCUUCUGAUGUUUGAACCCCAAACUAUACUAUACAUUUUUGCACCAGUUGAACCAAACAUCACCAGAGUCAAAGAGACUUUGAAUAUCAUUUAAAUUUGCAAAGUCUUUAUUUGCAAUUUAAGAUACUCCUGAAUCUACAUCUUGAUACUCAUCUAUCUGGAAAGUGAAUGAAUUUACUAUUUUUUUUCUGUGUGUGUGUGUGUGUCAGUCAAAUUCCAAAGUUAGUCAUUGCACCAGCAACAGAACACAAGUUGUGAUGUUUUUGUAUCACAAUGUUUUGUUACACGUCUGGUGUGGAAACACUCUGGCUUUUGUAAAUGUUUUUAUGUCUUCUGAAGCACACUGCAUUUGUUUCUGUAUUAAUAAAUUGGACAUUUGCUGA